AAACCUAACAUAAUUUUUUCCAUGCUUGUCGAAAGCGCAGUAAUAAAAGUUCGACUGAGCACACUGACUUCAGCCUGUCUCCUUGCCGAAAGCUUAUUUUUAUUAGCAGCGUUUCAAUGAGGAAACAGCGCCAUAAACAGUAAAAGUGCGGGGUGACAAGAGCAACAGCUCCUCAUUACCGUCCGCUUCAUCCCAGCAAAGGCGACGAGACAAGGCGAUACUCGCCUUAAGCGUGGACCAAGUCGGUCUGCCAGGCGGUGAAUCAUGAGGUUAACAGGCCCCCUGCGAGCUGUGGCUGUGUUGCUGUUGGUGGGACUCACCUGGCUGCUGGCGAGCGCCUUAUUCGGAGGGGAAAAUGCCUCAGUGCGAAAUUUCUUUAGCGGUACAAGCGAGGAACCAACGCCUGAACCUCGGCCACGAAAGUAUAAAUGUGGACUUUCAGCCCCCUGUCCCUCAAAGCAUUUGGCUUUCCGCCUGGUGUCCGGUGCUGCCAAUGUCAUCGGCCCCAAAAUCUGUUUGGAGGACAAGAUGUUGCUGAGCAGUGUGAAGAACAAUGUUGGCAGGGGACUAAACAUAGCUUUAGUAAAUGGGGUGACAGGCGAGCUCUUGGAGACAAAAACCUUUGAUAUGUGGGCAGGAGAUGUUUCUGACCUGUUGAAGUUUCUACGGCCGCUUCAUGAGGGAACCCUAGUGUUUGUGGCCUCUUUUGAUGAUGCAGCUACAAAGAUGAACGAUGAAUCCCGACGACUGUUUGAGGAGCUCGGGAGCACAGCAGUGAAGGAGCUAGCCUUCAGAGACAGCUGGGUGUUUGUUGGAGCCAAGGGUAUUGAAAAUAAGAGCCCCUUUGAGCAGCGGAUGAAGAACAGUAAGAGCAGCAACAAGUACGAAGGCUGGCCCGAGUCUCUGGAGAUGGAUGGCUGCAUUCCCCUGCGGACACCACUGGAAGCCUGAUUCUGCCCGACUGCCUGUAGGGUGUCAAUAUUUUGUGCUGGAGCAACAGGAAUAUUUAAGCGCUGCAUUCUUGGAAGCAGGAAAGAGACACACUAACUGGUUUCACGUUACGGCACUGGGAAACCUAAUCCACGCCAGCAUAAGAAAAACUUUUGAGCUACUCUACUAGUUGGUCCGAAGCACCAGGUCUGUGGACAGAUUUUAUAUUUAUGUACUUUAAUAUAUUUUCAUUCUGUAAUAUAUAUUUGAGUGAUAAUGUUAUUCCUAGUGUUCGCUAUCAUGGUUUCUUUGAUGCACAGCAGUUGUUGCUUACCACAUGUUUACAGAUUUCUUGAGACAAAAAAAUUGUCCGGGGUCAUUGUCCUUUUAAAAAAAUAUAUAUUUAUUUUAAUACUUUAACAGAAAAAAAUAAAGGAUUAAUGAUGUGAGUUUAUCAAAACACCACCAAUGAUUUCAAUGUUGUCUCAGGCCUGCGAGCUUCUGUCCUCUGAGUGCUUUGUUUUAAAGAUUCGAUCUACACGUGUGGUUGUGAUUUGUUUUUUUUAAUGUUGAAUGUAUUCACUCGGCCUCUCGCAAGCGUUACAUGUAGGAAAUGUAAAGAACUAUACACUCGUUUUGUUUUUCUGUACGGUUAGAGGCAUCGUUUUAUUUAGCUGUUUUUGUGUAGAUUAGGUUACCCA